UUUCAUAAAUUCUUGAAAUUAUGUAUGUCGACACGUAACGAACGCGUAGAAAGCCGCAGAAGUCCGUAUGCAUGCAUUUCCCUCCCUCUUUUUUGCUCUCUACCCUCUCAUUCACUCUCUCUCCACACACACACACGCGCGCGCGCUCCCUCGCAUUUCGUGGGAGAAAGUAAGAAGAGGGAGAGAGAAAGAGAGAGAUUGAGAGAGAGUGAUUUGAAGCCUCUCUCUGCUCUCUCCGCUUUUCUGUUCACUCAGACUCAAUGGGGCUCUAGCAUUAGGGGUUUCGAGCUGUAAAACUACAUAUUUAUUACCCGUUCCCUUCUUUCUAUUUAAGUUUUGUACAUAACACAGAUAACUUAUUGAAGAACAAGUCCAACCAAACCGGUCAAAACACUUGGGAACUAUGGAUAUUCGGAAGAAGCGGAGGCCGUGGUGCAUGGAGACCUCGUUCUUGCUCCUCCUGUGCCUUACUCUGGCACAAGCAGAUCCGAUAGAUGUUUUGCGGGUGCUGCAGUUGCCUUCCCUCCCUGAAGGUGUGCAGAAGGUCCCGGGUUUCUGCACCUCUCGCCGGUCCGGCACUCCUGACCAUGCCUACCGCAUCACUAAGAAAGCCCAGAUCUCUGCCCCCACCAAACAACUAUUCUCAGGACGUUUCCCGGAGAACUUCUCCAUCAUGACUCUGGUAAAGGCCAAGGCUGGUCUUCAGGCCUUCCUGCUGUCCAUCUAUAAUGAGCAGGGUGUCCAGCAGCUCGGUGUAGAGUUGGGACGCUCGCCCAUCUUCUUGUAUGAAGACCAGAAUCGCAAACCCGCCCCAGAGGACUACCCACUGUUCAAAGGGGUCAACCUGGCUGAUGGCAAGUGGCACCGCAUUGCCAUUUCUGUGCAGAAGAAGAACAUCACUCUGAUCCUUGACUGCAAGAAUCGUAUUACAAAAACUCUGCCGCGUAGCAACAACCCAGUCUUGGACACCAAGGGCAUCACUGUCUUUGGAGCCCGUCUCCUGGAUGAGGAGGUCUUCCAGGGUGAGAUCCAGCAGCUGAUGAUCGCAUCCAAUCCUCAGGCCGCUUAUGACUUCUGCGAGCACUACAGCCCCGACUGUGACUCUCCUCUGCCCAAAGUCCAGUCCCAGGACCCAAACAGCUACGAGGGAAAGGCGAACAACGGCAAAGCUGAUAAGUCAAAAACUGCCCCAUCCAAAGCUGCUCCAGCUAAACCUGCUAAAACCAAGCCAACUCCAAAACCAAAGGCCAAACCUACUGCUGCGCAAAUCUUGAUCUCAAAGAUAAAACCUACUUUAGCUUCUAAACUAGCAUCCAAACCAAAAGCAACACCGGCCCCAAAGAAUGACAACAAAAAGAAGGCAAACGACAAUGGAAAAAAUAACGGUCAAACUAAAGUAAAUGGUAAUGGCAAUGGCAAAAGCAAUGGGAAUGGGAAUGGGAAAGAUGCUAAUGGUAAGGCUAAGACUGGCAGCAAUGGCAAAGCCAAUAACAAUGGCAAUGGGAAGGCAGCUGUGGAGAAAAAAGCAAACGGAGAAGCUAAAGCUAAUGGCAAUGGUGCGAAAACAGUGAAGACUGAAAAGGCAGCAGUGACUAAAGUAACAGUAGCAAAGAAGUCAGAGACAACUGCGAAGAAAGCAGAGACCAAGUCACAACCAGGCAAAGACAAAACAAAAGCCAAUGCAGCACCUGCAAAGCCAAAAGUGAAAAAUCAAAAGUUUCAGACCAAAGUCGCUAAAACUCACAAACCUGUUGCUUUCAAACCCACCCCUGUGCCUUUGCCUCUCCCUUCAAAGCCCAAGGACUUGGACAUCAAUAACGUCAAAUCAAUGUCCAAAAAUUUCCCACCCUUCAACAAGGCUGCUGUGAGUGGCACGACCGUGUCUUCUCCAGAAAUACCCAAGAAGAAACCCACCAAUGGUUAUCAACAGGACAUAGAUCCUGCUUACUCAGAGGCUGACCACACCCCCACAGAGACCGAUUAUUAUUACACAGUAGAAGAAGAGGCGAGCCCACAGCCAGAGAGUGAUCUGACUGGAUAUGACGAAACCAUUAACCAGGUUGACGAGACUGUUGGCGCUGAGGAAAUAGAUGCGACCAAGACAGGUGGUGAAGGGGUGUCUCAAACACCAGACGAGCCCUUCACUGAGGAGUACAUUACAAGCGACUUUGGAACAAAGGAGUAUGACUAUUCCUACAGGGACUACAAUGAGCCCAUCAUCGAAAGCAAGACGGAAGAAUCCUUUGGCCCUGCCCUGUCCGCUGUGACAGAUGAGGGAGGUGCCUCCGUGCGAGCCCAGAAGGGAGAGAAGGGAGAGCCUGCUGUCCUUGAACCUGGCAUGUUGAUUGAAGGACCAACUGGACCAGAAGGACCAGCAGGUCUCCCUGGCUCCUCUGGCCCCCAGGGACCCCCUGGUUCUGUUGGUGAUCCUGGUGAGAGGGGUCCUUCCGGUAAAGCUGGUCUACCUGGAGCGGACGGUGUCCCAGGACCUCCUGGAACUUCUGUCAUGCUUCCUUUCCGUUUUGGACAGAGUGCUGGUGAAAAAGGGCCCGUUGCCUCGGCACAGGAAGCCCAAGCUCAAGCCAUCCUGUCUCAGGCUCGGUUGGCUAUGAAAGGCCCACCAGGGCCAAUGGGUUUCACCGGCCGUCCAGGACCUACGGGAACACCUGGAAGUCCUGGUUUAAGGGGAGAAAGCGGGGACCCUGGUCCUCAGGGCCCCAGAGGUCCUCAAGGGUUGUCUGGUCCUCCUGGUAAAUCUGGUCGGAGGGGUCGUGCUGGUGCGGAUGGAGCCAGAGGGAUGCCAGGAGAGACUGGAAUUAAGGGCGACCGUGGCUUUGAUGGCCUUCCUGGUUUGCCUGGCGACAAGGGUUAUCGUGGUCAAACUGGAGGAUUGGGAACCCCAGGACCCCCUGGAGAGGACGGAGAAAGGGGAGACGAUGGAGACAUUGGACCUAGAGGUCUUCCCGGCGAACCGGGGCCUCGUGGGUUGCUGGGGCCUAAAGGGCCUUCUGGUCUUCCUGGACCUCCUGGUGUUCGUGGAAAUGAUGGUCCACAUGGUCCAAAAGGAAACUUGGGUCCUCAAGGAGAGCCUGGUCCUCCAGGACAGCAGGGGGCUCCAGGAACACAGGGAAUGUCAGGUCCACAGGGUGCUAUUGGACCACCAGGAGAGAAAGGGCCCACAGGAAAGCCUGGUCUACCAGGAAUGCCCGGAGCUGACGGUCCUCCAGGUCAUCCUGGAAAGGAAGGCCCCGGUGGAACCAAAGGAAAUCAGGGUCCUAAUGGUCCUCAGGGGUCUAUUGGCUAUCCUGGCCCUCGGGGAAUUAAGGGAGCUCAAGGUAUCCGUGGACUGAAGGGCCAUAAGGGAGAGAAGGGAGAGGACGGAUUCCCUGGAGUCAAAGGAGACUUUGGUGUGAAGGGAGAGAGGGGAGAGGUGGGAGUGCCUGGCCCAAGAGGAGAGGACGGUCCUGAGGGGCCGAAGGGUCGCGUCGGUCCCCCUGGUGAAAUCGGUCCUCUUGGCCUGGUGGGAGAGAAGGGUAAACUUGGUGUGCCUGGACUUCCUGGAUAUCCCGGAAGGCAAGGAAUUAAGGGCUCCCUGGGUUUCCCAGGAUUCCCUGGUGCAAAUGGCGAGAAAGGCGGAAGGGGUUUGAUUGGAAAACCUGGACCAAGAGGACAGAGAGGGCCAACAGGUCCCAGAGGGCAGAGAGGACCCCGUGGGGCAACAGGAAAACCAGGUGCUAAGGGCGGAUCCGGCAGUGACGGGCCUUCUGGACCACCUGGGGAGAGAGGGCUAACUGGACCUCAAGGUCCAAAUGGAUUCCCUGGACCAAAGGGACCUCCUGGACCUCCAGGGAAAGAUGGACUGCCUGGACACCCUGGACAAAGAGGCGAAGUUGGUUUCCAAGGCAAAACUGGACCACCUGGGCCACCAGGAGUUGUUGGACCACAGGGUCCCUCUGGUGAGACUGGUCCAAUGGGUGAGCGUGGUCACCCAGGACCCCCAGGACCACCUGGUGAGCAAGGUCUUUCUGGGCCUUCUGGUAAAGAGGGAACCAAAGGAGAUCCCGGUCCCUCUGGCGGCCCCGGUAAAGACGGACCCCCUGGACUGAGAGGAUUCCCAGGAGAGAGAGGACUGCCAGGAACUCCAGGCACUGGAGGACUGAAAGGAAAUGAAGGCCCUGCUGGACCACCCGGAUCUGCUGGAUCACCUGGGGAGAGAGGAGCAGCUGGCACUGCAGGUCCUGUCGGCCCACCUGGACGACCUGGACCUCAGGGGCCCCCUGGAGCAGCGGGAGAAAAAGGAGUGCCAGGAGAGAAAGGUCCAAUUGGUCCAGCUGGUCGCGACGGCAUCCAAGGACCAGUUGGUCUCCCAGGCCCUGCCGGUCCUCCAGGUACUGCUGGAGAGGAUGGAGACAAGGGUGAGGUUGGAGAGCCAGGACAAAAGGGAGGUAAAGGAUCCAAAGGAGAACAUGGUCCUCCUGGUCCACCUGGGUCAAUGGGUCCUGUUGGACAGCCUGGUGCAGCUGGUGCUGAUGGUGAGACAGGUGCGAGGGGUCAACAGGGACCAUUUGGUGCUAAGGGAGAUGAAGGGACAAGAGGGUUCCCAGGUCCUCCAGGCCCCAUCGGACUGCAGGGUUUGCCAGGCCCAGCUGGAGAAAAAGGAGAGACGGGAGAUGUUGGUCCAUUGGGUCCUCCUGGUCCCCCAGGUCCACGUGGUCCAGCUGGUCCUAAUGGUGCUGAUGGUCCUCAAGGUCCUCCAGGAGGUUUGGGUAAUCCAGGUCCCAUAGGAGAGAAGGGUGAGCCUGGUGAAUCCGGACCACCUGGUGUUGGUGGAGAGCCAGGAAAAAUGGGCCCAAGAGGAGAGCGUGGUGAGAAGGGAGAGUCUGGGCAGCCGGGCACCUCUGGUCCUCCUGGUGGAAAAGGACCCCCUGGAGAUGACGGACCCAAAGGAAACCCUGGUCCUGUUGGUUUCCCUGGUGAUCCCGGUCCCCCUGGUGAAGUUGGACCACGAGGCCAAGAUGGUGCAAAGGGUGAAAGAGGAGAGGAUGGAGAACAAGGAGAAGCUGGUUCACCUGGACCAACUGGUGAGAACGGACCACCUGGACCUCCAGGAAAGAGAGGUCCUCCAGGCACAAGGGGACCUGAGGGUCGUCAGGGAGAGAAAGGAAGCAAGGGGGAUUCAGGUGCCCUUGGCCCUCCAGGAAAGACCGGCCCUGUGGGGCCACAGGGUCAACCAGGAAAACCAGGAACUGAGGGUCUAAGAGGGUUGCCUGGAACAGUGGGUGAGCAAGGUGCUCCAGGUGCUGCUGGCCAGAAGGGACCUCCUGGACCAAUGGGUCCUCCAGGUUUGCCAGGUCUUCGUGGUGACCCCGGUGCUAAGGGUGAGAAGGGACAUCCAGGUAUGCUUGGUCUGAUUGGGCCUCCAGGAGAACAAGGAGAGAAAGGAGACAGAGGCAUGUCUGGACCUCAGGGAUCUUCAGGACCCAAGGGAGAAACGGGUAUGCCUGGAGGAACUGGCCCUCUUGGUCCUGCAGGUCCCGCUGGUAUGCCUGGUCCGAGGGGUAUCAAAGGAGCUAAAGGUGCCUCUGGUGGAGCUGGUCCUAAAGGAGAAAAGGGUGUACAAGGACCACCAGGACCACCUGGACCCCCUGGAGAUGUCAUCCAGCCGCUGCCCAUUCAGUUCCCUAAGAAGUCCAAGCGCUCCAUCGACGGCAGUAAGAUGUUCUCUGAGACUGACGCUGAGGCUGCCGACGCCACGGGCACAGCGUUCCUGACCGGUAAUGAAGGUAUGGAGGAGAUCUUCGGCUCGCUCAAUUCCCUGCGCCAGGAGAUCGAGAGCAUGCGCUUCCCGCUGGGAACACAGGAAAGCCCGGCCCGCACCUGCCAGGACCUCCACCUCAGCCAACCAGAUCUGAAAGACGGAGAGUACUGGAUUGAUCCAAAUCAGGGAUGCGCUCGCGACUCUUUCAAGGUUUACUGUAACUUCACUGCUGGUGGAGAGACAUGCUUGUAUCCCAGCAAAGCUGUGGAAAAUGUGAAGAUAAACACUUGGCCAAAGGAGAAGCCUGGGUCCUGGUUUAGUCAGUUUGCAAAGGGCAACAAGUUUUCAUACGUUGACCUGAGUGGAGAGCCCGUGGGUGUCGUCCAGCUGGGAUUCCUGCGGUUGCUCAGCGUUCAGGCUCGUCAAAACCUGACCUACCACUGCCAGCGAUCAGUGGCCUGGGCGGACCUCACUACCGACAGCGGCUACCAGAGGGCACUACACUUCCAGGGUGCCAACGAUGAAGAGCUCAGCUACGAGACCAGCCCCUACAUCAAAGCCCUCGUCGACGGCUGCUCUUAUCGUAAAGGCUUGGACAGGACAGUGCUGGAGGUGAACACACCUCAGGUGGAGCAGCUCCCCCUGCUGGACAUCAGGAUCUCAGACUUUGGGGAGGACAAUCAGAAAUUUGGUUUUGAAGUGGGACCUGUCUGUUUCCUGGGAUAA